AUGAUGUUGAAAACCGGUUCUCUCGAUCAGUUUAUGAAUGUCAUCGGCUUGAAAAUAGUGUCUCAAUUGGCUAUAAUCCAUGAAGAAACAGAAGCCGGCAAAUCAAUCCCUGAUAUAACUAUGCCCGUGCAAGCUGCCUGUGCCGCUGUUGCAAAUCUUGUUCAGGUCGGCCAAGAUACUGCAAAUGCUAGUAGUGAUGAGAAAUUUAAACAAGAAAUGAAUGUAGCACUGGAAGUGGUUAAAAAUUCCUCUGUUAACUUAAAUCAAGCUGCUCAUCUACUAAAGGAUGGCUCUUCUUCACUAGAAGCCAGAAAUAUAUUAAUUGAUGGAACGAAAGGUAUACUAUCUGGCACAUCGGAUCUCUUGUUUUCCUAUGACGAAUCCGAAGUAAAGAAAAUCGUCCGUGUUUGCAAUAAUGUCAAAGAUUACAUGCCUAAUGCUUCAGUUAUUACUCAUGAGGCUGAUUAUCAAACCUACACUAAAAGUGUCAAAUCUGCAGUAGAUAACCUGUUAAUUAGAAUUAGAGCUCGCGCCGAUGAUUUACUGAUUGAACUGAACAGGCAGCUGCUAAAACGCUCAUGUAUCAAUAUUGAGGAUGCCGUAACAUCUAUAGAAUCUGUCUUAAAAGCUAUAAUUGACGACAAUCAAGAAGCAGAACCAUUACAAAAUUCAAGAGAUUCUUUUGUCGGAAUUGUAUGUGAAGAACUUGAAGAAAUUAUACGGGUCUUAAUGUUGCCGUUUACUGAAACACAUGAUGCAUCUCAGGAUCAUAGCUUACAAAAUACUUCAUUAUGUCAUGAUUUCGAUAAAUUAAGGGAUCAUUUGGUCAAUGCACAAUCUGAUAAAGAGGGUUAUCGUGAUAAGCUUAUAGAAAACGUAGUAUCAAAAGGAGUAGAUAUUUCCAAGAAAUGUGACACUACAACUCAAACUGACAUUGCAAAUAACUAUAAUUCACUUCAACAACACAAUCGGAAUUUAAAGGAUAAUACGGAUACAGAUCCAUCGGCGCAAGCUACCAAGAAGGAAAUGAUAGAUAUAAUGGACAACACAGAGCAGGUGAUGCAAAAACAAUUAGCAAAACAAAUUGCUGAGAAUUUCGCUGAUCCCGGAUCCAUUAUAGAAGAACUUCAAAAUCCAGCAGUACUAAAGGACAACGAGAAAACAAAGUUGAAAUGCGCAGAGUUCGUAAAUCUGUCGGAUUCGCUAGCCUCUACAGCGGAAGAUGUUGCAUUAUUUGGUAGCGAUAAAUUGAACUUAGAGCAAACGGAGGAGAUACGAAGCGCCUCAAGAAAGCUCCGUAAAGUAGCACCUACAGUUGUCAAUGCCGCCAUGGCUUCUUCAAGCAAUAUAGAGAACCAGUCAAUCAGGCAAUUUUCAGAUGGCAUUGCUACUCAAUGGAAGGAUACUGCAAGUUCCUUGUCGAAAUAUGUAGAUGGUGCAAUGGACAGUCACACCCUUAUAGCCGCUUCAGAGGAAGCUGUUGAAAAAUCAGCAAAUGAGCUGUCAGAAGCGAUAGAAAGUAGUAAUCCACAGGGCAUACUUUCGAAAGCAUCAGAUUUUGCUAAGCAUGCUGGUAGAGUAUCUACAAUUGCAAAGAGAGAAGUAGAAAAUUCAGAAGAUCCAAUCUUUUCGCUAAAGAUAACUGAAGAUCAAAAAGCUCUAGAAAACGAUACUGUGGACUUGAUAACCUGUGCAAAUGUCUUGGCGGCAGAUACUAAUGAUCAAGUAGCAAAGGAUAAUUUAAAAGUUAAGAAAGAAAUGGUUAGAUCUGGCGUCCAUAACGUUAGAAAGAGUUUGUCAGAUGCUCUCGAUGAUGAAGUCGAACAAGCAACAGAAAAGGUUCAUGAGCUGGAAGUCGCUGAUGUUGUUAAAGACGCCAAACCAGUCAUUCCUCGCAUAGCCGAAGAAACAGUAGUUGAAGAAGUGCCUGUGCCUCAGGAGCCCGUCCAACGUGAAGAACUUGAUGAACAGAUUCCUGAUUAUUUGACAAAUCCUAUUGCUGUAAAUAACUUUAUCGAUUGUUUUCUUCCUACGUAUUUCAUGCUAAUGAAGAAAUCAAUUACAUUACAAUUAUCUAGCUAUAAAUGUCAUACUGGCUAUCCGUAUUUUACGGAAGCUGCAAGAUCGUUACGUAGGGAAACGAGUAGGUGGUCUGAUAGUGAUAACGAUAUCAUAGCUACAGCCAGCAAAGCAGCUGGAUUGAUGGGUACUAUGUCCAAAAUUGUGGAAGAUGGGAGCGAUGUAACAAGAAAAGAAAUUAUUCAAACGGCCAAGGAUAUUGCUAAAAUUAGCGAUUUGUUCGUGAAAUAUGUUGAGGAGAUAGCCAGGAAAUGCUCAGAUAAACGAAUGAAAGAAAAUUUAAAGGUACUCCUGCAACGGCUACCAACGAUCAGCACGCAACUCAAAGUUGUCGCUACGGUAAAAGCGACUGCUGUAGCGUCUGGUGACGAAAAGAGUAGCAGAGAAGCGAAUGAAGUACUGGUUCUGAAUGCAACCAACUUAAUGAACACGAUAAAAGAAACAGUCAGUGCUGCCAAAGCUGCAACUAUUAAGAUUAGAACAGAUUCUGGGCAGAAAGUGGAAUGGCGACGUAAUCCAGCCCCUAAAUUUUACUAA